CAUAAACCAAUAAUGUUAGCCACUACAAACUGAUAUUGAUCUUUGAAUUCCACAAAGUAUUGGCUUCAAUAUUUGAUAUUUCAUAUCGCAGACUUGAAUUCAAAGACUGUUUUAUUAUUGCUAUGUGAGUAUAUAUUAAUCAAGUCAAUACAAACAAACUGCAAACAAGAUGAAUAUCAAGACAAAUACAUCAAAUUUGAGUAGUCACUCAAGCCCUACUUCAUACUACAGAGCUAUAAAUUCACCUCUCCAGUGCUGCUUUGAUUUUUGGAAGGUUCAAAAGUUUACAUUUGAAAGAGGACUAAGGUUCAAGGUUCAAAACUCAAACUGCAUACCUUCCUCUCGACGACUUUGAUAUUCAGCGACAUCAUUAUAUCUAUUUGCAAUGAAAUAAUGAAGAGCUGUCACUAACUUCCUACAGUGUCAUGACACGAAAAUAUGGCAAGAAACGUCCUGCUGUCAGUGCGGCGGCUGUAGCCAUCUUUGGAUCCGCAACUCAACCAAUUGCUUCCAAAAUUGGGGACCCCAUUUCAACUCGAACGUCACAAUCACCAUCCGUUGACCUUGAAAGUAUCACCAAUGUUCUUGAAAACACCAACCUCGGAGCAUCUGUUGAUGAUGUCACAAUUCUUCUCGAAAGGACGAAUCUAGAAAGUGGUGUUGAGCUUAUUAAAACCCCGGUUGACGUUUAUGAGAACACCAAUCAAAAUCCUUCUCCUGAUGAUGUCGCCAAUCUCCUAGAAAGGACGACUUUGGGUAGUGCCGGGGGCGAAACUACUUUUGUGGAGGAACAUUUAGUCCCAACAGAAGCGGAAGUAGAAGUACAAGUUCCUCAAACAUCCCUUCCAAUUGCUCCUGCCCUACCUCCACUCAAUCCCCGCCUAGCAGCCUCUCUCUCACCUCUUCUCGAUGCCUACGAAAAGGACAAUGGCUAUUCUCUAGCCACUAAAAAUUGGGACGAUGUCCUAGCGCCUGGCUGUAGUAUUCAAAAAAUAGCUGAAGCAUCAUAUGCAGAAGUAUUCCGUAUAUCAAACCCAGUAGGCUCUUCAAUCCUCAAACUUCUCCGCCUCAAAGUUCCUACAGAUCCUACGUCAAAGAGAUCCGAUACCGCAAUUAAAGUUGAAACGGUCGUAUCUGAAAUGCGUCUUAUGAAUGCACUUACAGAAAUUCCCGGCUUUGUAAAGUUCAAAGAUGCACAUAUAGUGGAAGGAAAACCACCAGCCGCUUUUGUAACAGCAUAUGAAGGUCACUUGAAUGCUGGCGGAGAAUCCUAUUUUCCACAUCCAAACAAGAUUUCCAAACAUGCAGUGUUCCUAGCCAUUGAGCUCGGUGACGCAGGACAUGUAUUGGAGAAAUAUUCAAUCAAGAACGCCGAUCAACUCUGGGACAUAUUUCUCGGUGUUGUCAUCGCUUUAGCAAGAGCAGAAAUCGAACAUGAAUUCGAGCACCGCGAUCUCCACGAAAACAAUAUAUGUAUCCUCGAACAUACCCCUCCUGCAAUCACCUCCAAAUCAAAAUUGAGGUCGAAAUCUAAGUCCCAAACUCCGACCUCCCCCCACAAAUUUGGCAACUCGGGCCUAGAAAUAACAAUCCUUGACUAUGGUCUCUCCCGCGCAACCAUCUACCCCCACCCCUCCCCCUCAAAUCCAUCUCCACCCCCAGAAACUGUCUUUUAUAACCUCGAAUCCGACACUGCAGUAUUCUCCUCCUUCGAACCCUCCUCCAUCGCCGGCAUCCAAUUCGAUACCUACCGUCGAAUGCGCGCUUAUCUAUUCUCAGGAGGCCACUCGAACACUAACGAUAAUACACCCAACAAAGCUAUCCGCGAUGCCCUCAAAAAGAAGACACAUUCAUGGGAAGAGUAUAUGCCAUAUACCAACGUACUAUGGUUAUAUUUCCUGAUAGAAUAUCUAACAGAAGUAGCGCCAAAAGGAGGAAGAGGGAAACAGGGAAAACAAGCGUGGAUAAGAGAAACGGAGGAAUUAAGAUGGCUUUUACAUCCUGAUUGGGUUCCUGGAAAUGGACAGGAUGGAAUUGCUAUGGAAGAACAAGAAGAGGAAUUGGGACUGGGGUCUGCAGGUGAUGUGUUGCAAUAUGCAUUUGAUAUGGGCUGGAUCCAUGAAGAAGAUCUAGAGGAUUUAGAUACGAGUCGUUUAAGUUUACGAGAAGAUUCUUAAUUGUGAAGUGGAUAGGAAGAAGAAAUCUUCGCCGGUAGUAAGAGAUAUUAGUCGAUGAAUCUGAGAAGCCGUGUCGAAGCUCUAUUUUUGGGAAUUGAGGUGGCGCGGCGGGGAGGAGUUACCUGGUUUUUGGCGUUCUUUGAAUUUUCGGAUAUUGCAUGCAAUGGCAUGGCAUGGAUUGGUAUUGCAUGGGAUGGGAUGGUAUGGAGUGGUAUAGCACUUUGAUGAAUAUCUAGAGUCUGGCUGUAAAUCAAUUCCUGAGAGUAACAUUUCUGUACGCACGAAGAACUUUGAUAUAGCGGCAUAGGAGUAGCAGGGAAGAUCUGUUUGUUUCACGAAUGUGAAACAUAUGAUAUAGAAAUGCCAUACCUAUGUAAGAUAUGAUGGUAAAAUCGUCAAUCAUCCAUCAUUCAUCCAUCAUUCAUCAACUAAUCAUCAAUCGGAAGUAAAAUAUAGUAUAUACCUAUCUAAUA